AUAAGACUGAGUCGGGGCCACUGGUUACUGAUUUAUUUUUGUGGAAAAGUUCAGAUUGGAUAAAAGGGACAUUUUAAACCAGCGAGAGCCGAAGAGAUGUCUUUAAAUAUCACCUGCGAGAGCAUCAACCUGAAUUUUACGCACGCCUUUCUGCCGCCCGUCUUCAUCACUGUGUUUGUUGUCGGGACGCUGUCAAACAUCUGGGGGCUGAGGAGUGUGUACUGCAGCUGGAACAAAAUCGGAAGCAUUAACAUCUUCAUGUUCAACCUGGGGGUGGCGGACCUGCUGUACCUGUUCACCCUGCCGUUCCUCGUGUACUAUUACGCACGCAGCAGCCACUGGCCGUUCGGCCAGCCUUUCUGCAAGGUGACCCGCUUCUGCUUCAACCUUAACCUUUAUGGCAGCAUCGGCUUCCUCACCUGUAUCAGCAUCUACAGGUACCUGGGCAUCGUGCACCCCAUGAGAGUGAUGGGGAAAAUCACUAGCCGCCACUCGCUGGCUAUAAGCACCCUGGUCUGGCUUUUCGUCAUUAUCCAGAUCCUCCCUGAUUUGUUUUUCGACAAGACUGACUUAAAACACCCAAACGCGUGUUUCGACACCACCUCGGACGACCUGAUUAGACGCUACCUGCCAUACAGCAUCGGCUGGACUGUCACGGGGUUUGCCAUACCACUGCUGAUCAUUUUGGUGUGUUAUGGACACGUUGUUGUGGUUCUCUCCAAAAAAGCCAACAUCAACCCUCUGCUGAAGCAGCGGUGUUUGAAAUUGGUCGUGAUUCUGGUGAUACUGUUCUCCAUCUGUUUUAUCCCCUACCACGUGUUUCGAAAUGUUAAUCUGAGCACCAGGAUUUCAAAAUUAGAUGGGAUUUGCUACACCAGUUUCCGCGGCAUCUACAUUGCGCACCAGAUCGGCAGAUGCCUGGCUUGUCUAAACAGCGCAAUAAACCCGCUGAUUUAUAUUGUAGGAAAUGAUGAGUUCCUAAUGAAGCUUCAUCGGCUCAACAUGCGGGCCCGGCUGUCUCUGGCCGGCCUGAGAGGCGCAGUCAUUUACCGCAAACCCGUGGAAGCGGACUCGCCACAAGAGACUCACGAUAACUCGGACCUGAUGAAAGGAUAA